AUGGAACUGGUACUCUACGAGAGCGACUACCCCGCGGUCUUCCUCCCCGCCAUGUCCAUCUUCCACUACCUCCUCCCCGACGGACCUGGCGUCUCCCCACUACCGCACUUCGAUCCGUCACUCCCAUGCGUCAUCGACGCCGCGACGGGCCGGACUGUCUCAAGAGGGGAGAUGGAGAACACGGCCCUCCGGCUCGGUCAAGGCCUCCGCGAGAGUGGGAUGAAACGCGGCGAUGUGGUCAAUCUCUUCGCGCCGAAUUCCAUCGAGUUCGCUUUCGUGACUUGGGGUACUAUCGCAGCGGGGUGUGCCAUCACCCCGGCCAAUGUUGCAUACGAACCCCACGAACUCGCGCACCAAGUCAACGACUCCGGCGCGUCAUUCUUCUUCGUCGCGCCGUCCCAGCUCCCCGUCUUCGAGCGCGCGCGCCAGCUCUUCAAGAACCCCGUGCCUGAUAACCGCAUCGUCCUCUGCUGUGACGUGGGACCCGGUGCGCGCGGCACUGCACCGGACAAGUAUCGCUCCCUACAUGAACUGCUUGGGGCGCGGGCUCCCGCCGAGCGCUUCGAGACGGACCCCACCGCCACCGCAUUCCUCUUCUACUCGUCCGGCACGACCGGCCUUCCGAAAGGCGUGGAGACGACACACUACAAUCAGACGACGCAGAUGCAGACCGCCGGCCCGCACCUGGAGCAGCUCACCACGCAGGACCGAAUGCUCGGCUUCCUGCCCAUGAGCCACAUGUAUGGCGCGAUGAUGUUCCUCCUCAUCCCGCUGCGGUUCGGGUGCGCUUCGGUUCUGCUGCCACGCUUCGAGGAGAUCGCCGUUUACAAGGCCAUCCAAGAGUAUAAGAUCACGAUCGGGGUUAUCGUCCCCCCCGUUCUGGUGAUUUGGGCCAGCUCGCCUCAUUUCAAGAACUAUGAUCUCAGCUCACUCCGGUCGCUUCUUUCCGGCGCAGCCGUUCUUUCACCCGACCUCGCGCGGCGGCUGUCCAAGGUGAUCCCGGUUCCUGUUUGCGAGGCCUACGGCAUGACCGAGACGACCCCCGCCAUCAUUGUCAAGAACAACAAGCUGUCCACUACGGAGCGUAUCGGGUGGGUUGGCCGCCUUCUCCCAUCCUACCAGGUGCGGCUUGUACUUGAAGACGGCUCCGACGCGCCACUUGGUACCCCUGGCGAGCUGUGGGCGCGGGGACCCAACGUCAUGAAGGGUUACAAGGGCCGGACAGGCGAUAUCCUGCCUGGCGGAUGGUUCAGAACGGGAGACGUGAUGGUUCGGGACAAACACGGCUGGUUCCGCGUUGUCGACAGAGUCAAGGAACUGAUAAAGUACAAGGGCCUGCAGGUCGCGCCGGCCGAGCUGGAGGAUCUGCUGCUUUCGCACCAUUACAUCAUCGACGCGGGAGUUGUGGGCGUUGAGGACGAGAAGCAGGCGACGGAGUUGCCACGUGCAUACGUCGUGGUCGACCCCAAGAAGGCCGCGGAGCUGCAAACCGACCGCCACCGGCGCCGCUUCGCUCGCGAGGUCGUGGAGUGGGCGGCAAAGCGUUCUGCGCCACACAAGAAGUUGCGUGGUGGAUUGGUCAUCAUCGACGUCAUCCCAAAGAGCCCGAGCGGCAAGAUCCUACGCCGGUUCCUGCGCGAGCGUGCUGCAGCGGAGUGGGCGAGUGAGGAGAAGGGCAAGUUGUAG